AUACCGCGUCUGUAGCUUGGGCGGGUCGGUUGUCGCCACUCGUCCCUUCGCGUGUGUUGUGUGAAGUGUUGUGGGUGCUGCGCUGAGCCACCUCUCGAUCUCCUGUCAGAUUCGGGCGGAGCCCAGCCGCACAGCGGCACAACGAUCUUUUAAUUUUUUUUUCGAUUGUGAGUGCAAGAAACUAUAGUGAUCUGUGAAGUGUCCAAGUGUGAAAACAUGUCGUUUAUUGGAUUCACUGCCCUCGUGGCACUGGCCGCUAUAGGGUCAGUGCUAUGCGAGGACGAAACUAUAGGACCGAUAUUCAUGAAGGAACCGGCUAACCGAGUGGACUUUAGCAACACGACUGGAGCGACUGUAGAAUGCGCGGCACGAGGAUCCCCGUCACCCGAUAUCAUCUGGGUCCGAUCUGAUGGAACUGCUGUUGGUGAUGUCCCUGGACUGCGACAGGUUCAAGCGAACGGAAACCUUUUAUUCCCGCCUUUCCGAGCGGAGGAUUAUCGGCAAGAAGUUCAUGCCCAAGUUUACGCUUGUCUCGCUCGCAACUCUGUUGGUACCAUUCAUUCCAGGGACGUUAACGUACGAGCCGUCGUUACUCAAGCUUACACCGUCAAUCUCAUGGAGGAGAGCGUUUUACGUGGGAACGCAGCUAUUUUGAAAUGUCAUAUUUCGACCUUUGUGACCGAGUAUGUUAGUGUGUCGUCCUGGAUUAUCUCUGAAGGAGAAACUGAUGAGCUGGAAAUAAAAGCAGAAUCUGAUGACUUGGAGGGUAAAUACCUAGUACUUCCAUCUGGAGAAUUGCAUAUUCGAGAUGUCGGACCCGAGGAUGGUUACAAAUCAUACCAAUGCAGAACAAAGCACAGGCUUACUGGUGAAACCCGACUCUCUGCUACUAAGGGACGACUUGUUAUUACCGAACCAACCAAUAAAAUUGCACCUCGCAAGGAUUCUACUAAGCACUUUGAAGGGUGGGAAGUGUUCACCGUGCGCCAAAUGGACGUGGCAUACUUAACGUGUCAAGUAGCUGCUUAUCCGUCGCCAGUAUUUAGAUGGUACAAGUUUGUGGAAGGUACAGCCAGGAAACAACCCGUUACGCUCGAUGAUAGAGUAAAACAAGUAUCAGGAACUUUGAUUAUCAAAGAGGCUAAAGUUGAAGACUCUGGAAAAUAUUUGUGCGUUGUCAAUAACUCCGUCGGUGGCGAGUCCGUAGAAACUGUUUUGACUGUAACCGCUCCUUUGAAAGCUACCGUUGAACCAGCUACUCAAACCGUAGAUUUUGGAAGGCCUGCCGUAUUUACCUGCAGAUAUGAGGGUAACCCUGUUAAAACAAUCACUUGGCUUAAGGAUGGCAAGGACAUGAAGCACCAUGAUGCUACCCUCAGGAUCGAAUCAGUAAAGAAGGAAGACAAGGGCAUGUACCAAUGUUUCAUUAGAAACGACCAAGAAAGUGCGGGAGCCAGCGCUGAGUUGAAACUUGGAGGCCGAUUCGAACCACCGCUGAUCCGUCACAGUUUUGGAGAACAGACCUUCCGUUCUGGCCCAUCGCUACGUCUUAAAUGCGUCGCAUCUGGCAACCCUACCCCCGACAUCGUGUGGCUCCUGGACGGCGAGAAACUGACCAGCGGUGAAAGACUUCAGAUCGGACAAUUUGUAACCGCUGAUGGCAACGUUGAAUCUCACUUAAACAUUUCUUCUGUGCAUACGAACGACGGCGGAUUGUACACAUGCAUCGCAUCCAGCAAGGUCGGUAGUGCUUCCCACGCGGCUCGCGUCAACGUUUACGGACUACCCUACGUACGACCCAUGAAGAAACGUCCCGUAGUCGCUGGUGACAACCUCAUCGUACACUGCCCCGUGGCUGGCUAUCCGAUUGACUCUAUCGUUUGGGAACGUGAUAACAGGGUACUCCCCAUCAACCGCAAGCAGAAAGUUUUCCCUAACGGCACCCUCGUGAUCGAAAACGUGGAGCGAAUGAGUGACGAAGCGACCUACACCUGCGUAGCUAAGAACUCUCAGGGAUACACCGCUAAGGGAACAUUAGAAGUUCAAGUCAUGGUUCCACCGUUGAUAAUGCCGUUCAAUUUCGGCGAGGUGCCAUUCAACCCCGGUGACACAGCUUUAGUGAAUUGUGUCGCCACUAAGGGAGAUCUUCCUCUCGACAUCUCAUGGACGUUCAGCAGCGAAACUAUAGACUCGAGCCUCCAGCGAGACAUCACAACUAUGCCUCUAAAUCCUCGUGCCUCCAUCCUCACUAUCAACUCCGUGAGCGCAAACCAUCAAGGGAACUACACAUGCAUCGUGCAGAAUGCGGCCGGCCGCGCAGAAUAUGCAGCGACACUCGUCGUCAACGUUCCCCCCCGCUGGAUUAUUGAACCCACUGAUAAGGCAUUUGCACAAGGCUCUGAUGCUAAAGUUGAAUGUAAAGCCGAUGGGUUCCCUAAGCCCCAAGUGACGUGGAAACGGGCUGAAGGUGACACCCCUGGCGAUUACAAAGAUCUUAAGCCAAACAACCCUAACGUAAAAGUUGAGGAUGGAACAUUGACUAUUGCUAAUAUUCAGAAAACGAAUGAGGGAUACUACUUGUGCGAAGCUGUGAAUGGAAUCGGUUCAGGACUAUCGGCUGUUAUUCUGAUUAGCGUUCAAGCUCCACCCCAAUUCGAAAUUAAAAUGAGAAAUCAGACUGCACGCCGAAGUGAACCCGCUGUCCUGCAAUGCCAAGCUAAAGGAGAAAAGCCAAUUGGAAUAAUCUGGAACAUGAACAACAAACGCCUCGAACCCAAAUCAGACCCACGAUACACUAUUCGCGAAGAAAUCUUGCCCGGUGGUGUUGUCUCUGACCUUAGCAUCCGAAGGACUGAACGAUCAGAUAGCGCUCUUUUCACUUGUGUAGCUACCAACGCAUUUGGCUCCGAUGAUACCAGCAUUAACAUGAUCAUUCAAGAGGUACCCGAAGCUCCGUAUGGCCUUAAGGUUUUGGACAAAUCUGGAAGGACCGUACAACUGUCAUGGGCGGCUCCCUAUGAUGGCAAUUCUCCAAUCAAGAAGUUCCUCAUUGAAUACAAACGAGCCAAGGGUAACUGGGAAAAAGACAUUGACAGAGUUCUUGUACCCGGAGAUACGACUGAAGCCGGAGUUUUUAGCUUGAGACCUGCCACCGCCUACCACAUCAGGAUCGUUGCUGAGAAUGAACUGGGAACUUCUGAGCCAUCUGAGACUGUUACCAUUAUAACCGCUGAAGAAGCCCCUACUGGUCCCCCACAAGACUGCAAAGUUGAUGCUGUUGAUAAGCACACCCUCCGCGUCACCUGGAAGCCUCCCCCACCACAAGACUGGAACGGUGACCUCCAAGGAUACUAUGUUGGUUACAAACUGGCGUCUAGCAACAAAUCUUUCGUCUUUGAAACCGUUGAUAUCUCUAAGGAAUCUGGCAAGGAACAUCACUUGGACAUUCUAAACUUGAAGACUUACACUCAAUAUGCCAUUGUAGUACAAGCUUUUAACAAGAUGGGAUCAGGCCCCGUGUCCGGAGAAGUACGAGCUUAUACCGCUGAAGGUGCCCCAUCUGCUCCACCCCAAGACGUUCUUUGUACUACUCUUACGGCGCAAACAAUCCGUGUAUCAUGGGUAUCCCCUCCUCUUGCUGCUGCUAACGGACUUAUCAAGGCUUACAAAGUGAUUUACGGACCUAGCGAAACUUGGUAUGAUGAAAAGUCAAAGGACACUAAGAUUACGGCCAGCAGCGAAACUAUCCUUCACGGACUUAAGAAAUUUACGAACUACUCUAUGGAAGUGCUUGCGACUACCAACGGAGGCGAUGGCGUCCGAUCUGCUCCUAUUCACUGCCAAACUGAACAAGAUGUACCGGAAGCUCCUCGUGCUGUGAAAGCAUUAGUUAUGGGACAAGACUCGAUCCUGGUAUCAUGGAGGCCUCCUGCGCAACCCAACGGUGUUGUUACUCAUUACAAUGUCUACACUCAGGCACAGAACGCUGAACCCCAUCCCAACAAGGUACCAGCUUCUCAAACUAGCUACUCGGCAACUGAGCUGAAAGCCGGCCGUUACGACUUCUGGGUCACCGCGUCUACCAUCAUCGGCGAAGGCCAACCCUCAGCCACCGCUUCCUGCAGCCCAAGCGAUAAAGUUCCCGCCAAGAUCGCGUCUUUCGAUGAAUCUUUCACCGCUACUUACAAGGAAGAUGUCAAACUGCCCUGCCUUGCUGUCGGUGUUCCUCCUCCUAACAUUUUGUGGAAGGUGAAAGGCCAUCCCCUGGAAGCGUCAGAACGUGUGCGUCAAUUGCCUGAAGGAUCCCUGCAGAUUGCUGGCGUAGCUCGUGAGGACGCCGGCGAAUAUUCAUGCCAUGUUGACAAUCAAUUCGGAACUGAUACUGUUACCCAUACGCUCUCAGUACUCGCUCCUCCUUUCCCGCCUCAACUCAGCAUCGCGUCGUCGUCCGUGUCAUCUCUCACUCUCCGCCUGAAGCCUUCCGUUGAAGUAGACCAGUCGCCCGCCGCAGGAUACACCAUCCACUACAAACAAGAAUUCGGAGAUUGGGAAACCGUACAGAUUCCAAGCACCACUGACACUUACACUUUGGAGAACUUGUUCUGCGGUUCAAGAUAUCAACUCUACGUUACAGCUUACAACGGUAUCGGCACUGGUGAGGCUUCAGACGUGGUGAUCGCCCGUACUCGCGGUUCCAAGCCCCCGGUACCUCGCGCCGCUGAUUUCAUUGAAGUCGGAAGCUCUUCAGUCACUCUGCACCUCAAACAAUGGUUGGAUGGCGGAUGCCCCAUGAGCCACUUUGUCGUCGAGAACAAGAAAAAGGGUGCUGCUGAAUGGAAUCAAAUCUCCAAUGCUGUCAAACCCGGUGGAAACUUCGUCGUACUUGAUCUGGAACCUGCCACUUGGUAUGUACUGAGGAUUACAGCCCACAACAACGCUGGAUUCAACGUCGCCGAAUACGAAUUUGCUACGCUUACCAUGACCGGAGGAACCAUUGCUCCCUUACCUGGCAACAUCGGCACCGAUAAGGAACUGCCUCCCUGGGUCAAGGCUUGGCUGGAACCAGAAGUCCUAGUACCAAUUUUGGCAACGAUCGUGGUGUUCAUCGUAGGCGUGGUGGUGAUCUGUCUGACCUUAGCUCGCAGGAACACCCCGCACCGCCUGCGAGGUCAGAAGGACAUGUAUUACGACGCAGUGUACAACGCGUCGCAGGCCGCGCUGGGCGGCGGCGGCGGCACGCUGGACAAGCGCGGCGGACUGCGGGACGAGCUCGGGUACAUCGCGCCGCCCAACCGCAAGCUGCCGCCCGUGCCCGGCUCCAACUACAACACGUGCGACCGCGUCAAGCGACAGGCCGUCAUCAUGGGCGCGCACUCGACGUGGGACCCGCGCCGCCACCACUACGAGCGCGUCCGGCGCCCGCGCCUGCGCAGGGCCGGCUCCGGAGACACCGCCUCCACAGGCAUGGAAGACGAAAUCUGCCCGUACGCGACGUUCCACCUGCUAGGCUUCCGCGAGGAGAUGGACCCCAGCAAGGCCCUGGCCUUCCCGCAUCAUCACCCCGCCCACGCCGGCACCCUCGCCCACCCCCACCCACACCACCCAGCUCACUCGCGCGCCGGAUCCCAGAGCAUGCCUCGUGCCAACAGCCGCUAUGCCCGCAAGAACUCUCAGGGUGGACAGAGCGCCAUCUACUCGACUGCCCCCGAAUACGACGACCCGGCCACCUGCGCUGAAGAAGAUCAAUACCGUGCCCGUUACUCUCGCCCGAUGUACGCUUGUGGUCCUGAGUAUGACGAGCCUGCUUGCUGCGCUCCCGAAGACGAACAAUACACCGGCGCUUACGGCACUCCCUACUCUGAUCACUAUGGAUCUCGUCCCAGCAUUGCUUACGUGUCAGGUACCCGCAAGUGCGGCGGAUCCCCCGAGCCUCCCCCACCCCCUCCACGCAACGCCAACAACGACAACAACUGCUCCUCCUCAUUCAAUGAAAGCAAGGACUCGAACGAAAUCUCCGAAGCCGAAUGCGACCAGCCACGCAACUAUCCCGUAAGGGCCCACACUGCUAAGGACGGCUUGCACAGCGAGGAAAUGAGGAAACUCAUUGACAGACCAGAAGCAACCACCCCAAUCCCCCAGCAAGCAGUCCACGGGCGGGGACUCACAGCCUACGAUACUGUGGCAGUGUAACCUGUAAACUGGGCCCCGUGUCACAGCGCGGCGACACACGCACAUUUUAUACGUUAAUUUAGUGGACCAUUACCAUCUUGCUGAUAUACCGCUCGCAAGCUUUGCAGAACUUUUUUUAAAAUAUAAAUUAUCAAUUGCACUUUCGCUCUAUAAUUUGGUCUACCUUUCAGCAGGAUGGUGAUAAUCGUGCCAAAUCUACUAUUUUUUACAAUUUCAUUUGUGUGUCGCAUUUUUGUAUUGCUAUUUAAUUUGAAAUUUACCCCAACUAAGUUGGCUGGACAUUUUACUAUUUUAUUUAGUUACUUUUUUACUUUGUUCUUACUUUAUCUGUGGUAAAUUUGGAAAGUCGAGUAAUGUACAAAUUAGAGUCUACCUUUCCAAAUUAGAGAAACCUAUAACGCGUCACAGUAGAAUUACCAUUAAAACAGAAAAUUAUGGUUGUGGUAGUUAUCUCAAAUUGAUAUAUUUGCUUAAAUAGAUAGGUGACGCGAUACGUCCUAUCCAAGUCAUUAUAUAUUAUACCUCCACCCUACAUACUCGACAGCAACACGUUUACUACAGAAUUCUUAAUUGUAAUUAUAGUUUACCUUAUUUGUUCAGCUUAAUUUAAAGAAAGCUUCAGUAAAAUGUAUCUGGUUUUGGGGUGAUUGGGAUUAAAUUUAAAUUAAGCUCAACAUGUAAUAAUGUAUGUGAUAUUUUGUAUUUUUAUCCCAUUUUUAAUUUUUACAUGGAAUAAUAAUCGACGUAAACUUUAUUUAUACUCUUAGGAUGGUAAUAUUAGGUGACCACAACCGAGUGGUGUAACGAUGCUUCCUUUUAACGUUAUUGCUUUUAAUUAUUCUCUUUGUCUUUUACGUUGUUGUCACACGUCCUAUUUGUGUCAAAUAUGUUGGUUUUGAUUUUGGCAUUUACGCAUAUACUUAGGGUAAGUGUAGGAUAUAAAUUUCUUUAUUAGUAAUUAAUCAACUUUUAAACAAAGUACUAUAUAAUCCGUAGCUAGUUAGUAACACACGUUACGCAUUAUAACUAUGUAAAAUUAAUGGUAAUCAAUUUUAGUACUACCUACUCUUCAAGCCGCAUAAAUUACUGGAAGCGUAUCAUACUAAGAUGAUAUUAACAGUUACCUAUCUAAAUGAACUGCAAGGAAUUACUCAAUCUAUGACACCCUGUAACCCAUAGCAAACACUGCUGACAUGGAAUUUAUAAUAAUCUUUUAAAAUAUUAAUCUAGUACAGUAAGGUGCAUUUUUAAUAAUCAUAAUCGUAAUUUUAUCCUUCUAUAUUACGCAGACGACUAGGUGUAAGACACUCGAGUGUCAUUUUCUAGGUGUUUCCCAUUAUAUGUUGUGUAUUGUGGUGUAAGCUUCGCAAAGUAGGCUUGUAGUUAGGUUUUCGCGACUUCCUAGCAACAUAAUCUUCUCUUAACCUUCCAAUUAGAAUUCGAUUAAAUGAAAAUCUAGUUAAAAUUGAAAUGUCAACAAAAUAAAUAAAAUUUAUUCAAAAUUGUUACGGCAAAUAAUUCAAUUAAAAUUUGUACCAUAAUCUUAUUUGUAUUGGCAGUGGAGAGAAAUUAAUUGUUUAUAUAUUUUCGCUUUUGUCGAUGUGCGUUUGGUUUGCAGCUACUUGAAAUUGAAAGUUAGUUUCGUAAUUUUUAUGGCGGUAUGACAUCGAUAACCACAGCUAACUAACUGUACCAAAGUGUUUGAUUUGUGUUAAAUAAACUACUCAAAUGUCAACUAC